UGAAGUGCUGCAGCGAGAGAGCACUGCGUCGGGUAGGGGGACAAAAAAAUCACGCUGCGCGCUUCACUUACGUCGGAUCCACUUCUAUUGUGGGAAAAAAACACAGACAAGAUUUGUUCAACCGACAGCUAUGGGCUUUAACAAGCUCAAUCUACUUUUGUCGCCUUAAAUGAAGACCCACUGAGCUCACGAUUCCAAGUGUAAAGUCGGCACUCUUGCUUGUCUCUCUCGUAUACCAACCGGCGUGGUCAGAAUGGAGGACACAUACAAUAACAGGACUUCCCUGGUUAAAGGGGCUAAGGACAUGGUGAAGGAGGCAAAGCGUCAGGCAACAAAGAAGGUCAACAAAGUGGUGGACCGUGCCACGGACGAGUAUUCAUCCCAUCACAACUACUCACGAUUCCAGGACGAUGAGGUUGAUGAUGAGGAAUUCUACAGGAAUCCACCUGGGCAAGAUGGAGAGGGUUACCAUGACAACGAUGAGGGCUCCAGCGAUGCCACAGAGGGCCAUGACGACGAGGACGAGAUUUACGAGGGCGAGUACCAGGGGGUGCCCUCCACGGGAGACAGGAAGCAUAAGGAGGGCCAAGUGGCCUUGGGGCAACCCAUGUCAGAUGCAAUGAGGGACAGAAAGGAGCUGGAACAGGAGCGACAGGCUGAUGAGGAGGAGCUGGCGCAGCAGUACGAGCUGAUCAUCCAAGAGUGUGGCCACGGGAGGUUCCAGUGGCAGCUGUUCCUGGUUCUUGGAUUGGCCCUCAUGUCUGAUGGGGUGGAGGUGUUUGUUGUGGGCUUUGUGCUUCCAAGUGCAGAGACAGACAUGUGUGUGCCCAACUCCAGCUCUGGAUGGCUAGGGAGCAUUGUUUACCUGGGGAUGAUGCUCGGCGCAUUCUUUUGGGGAGGAAUGUCUGACAAAGUGGGCCGGAGACAGUGCCUCCUCAUUUGCAUGUCCACCAACGGCUUCUUCGCCUUCCUGUCAUCUUUUGUUCAGGGAUACGGCUUCUUCCUUGUUUGCCGCCUCGCCGCCGGGUUCGGGAUAGGAGGUGCUGUGCCCAUCGUUUUCUCCUUCUUUGCAGAGGUGUUAUCCAGGGAGAAAAGAGGUGAACACCUCAGCUGGCUGUGUAUGUUUUGGAUGAUUGGUGAGAUCUACGCUUCGGCCAUGGCCUGGGCCAUUAUCCCUCACUAUGGAUGGAGUUUCAGCAUGGGCUCAGCGUACCAGUUCCACAGUUGGAGGGUGUUUGUGGUCGUCUGUGCCCUGCCUUGUGUGUGCGCUGUGGUCGCACUUACCUUCAUGCCUGAAAGCCCCAGAUUUUACCUCGAGGUGGGGAAGCAUGACGAAGCCUGGAUGAUCCUCAAACAAAUCCACGACACCAACAUGAGAGCACGUGGGCAGCCAGAGAAAGUCUUCAGCGUGAACAGGAUAAAGAUCCCAAAGCAGCUUGAUGAAUUGGUUGAAAUGGAGUCAGAGUCUGGAAAUCCAGUUUCCAAAGCUAUCUUCCGGAUGAAGGCCGAAAUCCAUGGGAUCUAUCUGAAUCUCAUGAAGUGUUUCAACUACCCGAUGCGAGAAAACAUGAUACGACUCGCCGUAGUGUGGCUCACGCUGUCGUUUGGGUAUUAUGGUCUGUCUGUCUGGUUUCCUGAUGUCAUCAAACACCUCCAGGCGGACGAAUAUGCCUCCAAAGUCCAAAUGCACAGCAACGAACGCAUCGCAGACUUCACCUUCAACUUCACACUGGAGAACCAGAUACACAAAAAUGGCCUUUUUAUCAACGAUCGAUUCAUCAGCAUGAAGCUAAAAUCUGUCACCUUUAUCGACUCAACCUUUCGUCACUGCUACUUUGAUGAUGUCACGUCGGUGGGCUCCUAUUUCCAUAAUUGCACUUUCAUCGAUGCGUUCUUCUUUAACACAGACAUUGAUGACUCCAAGCUGAUUGAUGGUACCGAGGUGGUCAACAGCACAUUCACACACAACAAGACAGGAUGCCAGAUGACUUUUGAUGAUGAUUACAGCGCCUACUGGGUUUACUUCAUCAACUUCUUGGGAACCCUGGCAGUUCUGCCUGGGAACAUCGUGUCCGCUCUUCUCAUGGAUAAAACGGGCCGUCUGUCUAUGUUAGGUGGCUCUAUGGUGUUGUCUGGCAUCAGCUGCUUCUUCUUGUGGUUUGGUACCAGUGAGUCUAUGAUGAUUUUCAUGCUGUGCCUUUACAACGGCCUGAGUAUCUCUGCCUGGAACUCCCUGGACGUAGUCACAACUGAAUCCUUCCCGACUGCCAGAAGAGGAACAGGGUUUGGAUUCUGCAAUGCAUUGUGUAAGAUGGCUGCAGUCUUGGGGAACCUGAUUUUUGGUUCUCUGGUUGGCAUCACAAAGGCAAUACCCAUCCUAAUGGCGUCCUCGGUGCUGGUGACAGGAGGUCUGGUGGGCCUUCGCUUGCCUGAUACCAGGGCCAAUGUCCUCAUGUAACACCAGCAGUACAACCUAAAGAAGACAAGAGAGCGCGGAGAAAGGAAUGCAAAUGGCUUGGGUCAUACAUAUCUUAAGUGUAUUAAUCAUAUUUAGCUUAAAGGCAACUUAAUCGCACCAGUCAGCAGUCCAAGAUUCCUUGCAAGUUAGUAAGUGUGCAUGUUUUGUGUGGACAUUUUACAAAACAUUGAAGGUUUCCUAUAAAAAUGUUGUUUCAUUACAUUCAAGGUGGGAUUCCAGCUGCAUCUUCGGUGGUGUCAUCACAUCGAUUAAACUCAAGGCUUUUAAUAUUGAUAGUCUUAUUAAGAGGAGCCAGAUGGGGAGAAAAGUGCAAAACAAGCUGUAAUGAGCUCAGCCAGCCUGCUGUGCAAUAACGGAGGGAAUAGAUGAUCACACGGAGCGGACGCACAACACAGAUGCACGGCAGCUGGUUUUCCCACAAAUACAACAUUUUGCAGUUGGUCAGUCAGGAAGCAGACAGGUGCAACACAAAAAACAUAUGAAAGCUCUCACAUUCACACACUUUCAGCUUGGACUGUGCCCAACUUUGCUUGCAACCUCUGCAAAGUGGAUGCAAAAAAUGCAAAGGCCUUUUGCAUUAACUAAAAAUGCAAAGUGCCAUACAGCUGUAUUUUCUUGUACUAACAAUAUAUUCAUGUUGAAUCUGACAACUUAAUUCACUCAAGUGGAAAAGCAAGUUCAUUGUGGCAUUGCUAUGAUGGCACAAUUAAUUGAAUCCAAACCAUUAUUGUUUAACUAUACUAAAAAAAACUCUCAGAGCGUCUUUUCUGGGUUUGCUUUGUUUUUUGCUUGCCUACGGCUGUGACUUUGAUAAUGACAUGCCAUGCUGCUUCCUUUUUUGGGGGAAAAAACCUAGAUACAAAUGGCCUUUUUUAAUGUGCCUCUCCUGAGCUGGAGCUGCUGCCCAUUGUGUUGUCCUGAGGUUACAACAAGAGGAAUCUAAAUUGGUAGUGUCAUUCAAAAUCGAAUAUAUAUAUAUAUAUGAACAUAUGUUAAAAACUGUAUUGGUAAUCAAUUCCAAUUCUUUUUGCUAAUUACACAGAUAAAAUAUUUAGUUUUUGUUGAAAUAAUUGUCGGAGAUUAAAGUAACAAUUGACAUCACUGAGCUUAAUGGUUAUGUGUCAUAACACUGAAAUUAAUGUACUAAUGCAAAAUGAAACAAAAAUGCAACAACAAUGCAAGUAAAUAGCUCUAUUAAGAUCAUAUUAAUAAUAUGGCUAUAUUGAUAUUUAUUAGGGGUGUCACCAGACACCCAACUCACGAGAUGAGACGAUACACGAGAUCGGGUCCACGAGGACGAGACGAGACAAGAUUUUAACAUGAACUACAAUGAAAAAAUAUGAAUGGACAAACUUGACUGAGUCACAAAACCAUGCAGGUGUGUUUUGAAAUGUUUAUUGUCUCACAAAUUGAUGCAAAAUUAUAUUAUUGUCUACAUUUUUUGAGACCAAAUAAACCACGGUUAUGAUAAUAUAUAAUAAUAAUAAAUACUAUAUUCUAUAGUAUAUUUAUAAUAUAAAAUAUAAUAUAUACUAUAAACUAUAAUGCAGUAUUGUCUUUUACAUGUGAUCUGUCUCCAAAGUUUCUGAAUUGGCGUUUGUGAGAUGACAGGCAAGUCAUACUUAUUUUAUUUCUGCAAUGAGCCAAGUUCCACAGAUGGUCCCAGUGCCACACUUUGGAUACUCGUGUGUUUUGCCAGCAAGACGAGGGGCUGCCAAGAACGAGGGGCGUGUCUCGUACGCUGUAGAAGCUGUAGAAUUACUACAGCUUCUGCUUGGAUAUUAACACGCUCCGCAGCUGUUUAAUGAAAAAAUAUCCACACGUCACUCGCUGACGCUGGGAACACCAAGGUAGGUGUAUGGAAAGCACUUAAUGUACGGUUCCGAUAAUGCCUAGCACACUUCCACUUUCAUAUUACAUUUAUUAUCAUUCAUAGUAGCAAUGUCACAGUGUAAUUGGCUUCUGGCUACCCUUUUCUUGUGCGACAGUUUUUCUCAAAACGAGAAAUCUCGUAAAGUUUUAAUCUCGCGAGAUCUCGUGACACCCCUAAUAUUUAAUCCUCCUGUCGUUUUAAAAUAAUGUAAAAAAUAUAUAUAUAUUUUUAUUUGUUAUUUUCUCAUAGACAUGGGGCCAUUGUACAACAUUGUGUGUACAACAUUGUCCAUAUCUAGACAUUGUGUGCAGCUUCUGUCUGGUCGUUGACCUUUCACUGCAGUUGUCUAGUCAAUAAUAAUUGACAAAACAAAUAUGUUUAGUUCCAAAUAGGAUUUUGUAAUAGUGGUUACACAUGAAAAUUGUUGCUGUGACAUACUGUACUUUAAAUAUUCAUCUAAUUUAUGUAUGUGACACAAACUUGCACUGAUAUAGAAAGCAGUGUUUUCUUUCCCCAAUGGAUCCAACACAUUACAUGCACAAAAAGACAAGCGUCAAUGAUAAUUAAAUACAUACAUAAAUAAAUAACAAGACGGGUUAAUAUGAUGAUCAACCUGUUGGAGAGAAAUUGUACUGUAUAUUACGCUUGAGGUAUUGGAAGACUUUCUUAUAGGUACCAUGCUGUAUCUUCCAAGUGUGUGUGUGUGAGUGUAAGCACGCAUGUGUAUGCAUACAACUACAGUAUAUUGUGUGUGCAUUCCAGACUGUAAAUAUUGUACAUAAUCAAAGCUGAUAUUAGGGAGCACCUGGAAUAAAUGUGUAUAAGCAGCCUUGGUUGGGUUGUGUGUCCACUGCUAUAUGUCCAUGUUGUGCAUCAUUGUGUGUCCUUGGCUUCAUCUAUCUCCCUUACUACCCUCUGUAUGUGUGUGUAUUAAACUUGCAUGGAGAAAAUCUGUUUUGUGUGAUUUUUUGUUUUGUUUUUGUUUGUUUGAAUUCUUUCUGCGGAAAACGAUGGCAAUAUUCAAAUGUUUGGUGAGGAAAAAUGUGAAUGUAUCACUCUUGUAAGUAAUGUCCAUCCUCUUCAUUGGAGGUAAUCAAAUGUAUGUGGACAAUAAAGUUGUGUGUAUUAUUGUGAAUAUUGGGCCUGCUAAGUCAUUGCUGAAAGUAGCUUUUCCGAGGUCCUUAAGUGUGAAAAUAUGUGGAGAAAUGUAUGCCAAAAAUGAUAUGAAUAUCUUAAUAACGGAAAAGGUCGCAAUUGCAGUUUGUGUUGCUUUUAAAAUAUCAACAAUAAACAAAA